AUGCCUGACACGUUGUCAGACAAGAAGACCGCAGAGCUUGAGCUCGCAGCGUUGGAUAACCCUUGGGUGAGCAAGAAGCCUGAGAAACCGAUUCGAUGGAUAAUGCUGAGUCCAAUCAUAUGGGCAGGGAUAUUACCCAUGGCACGAAUUGUAUCGGGAGAGAAUCGAGUGUUAAGAAACCGAGUGUUUGCGGGGUGCGGCGUGGCGGCCCUAGCACACUCAUACUUCCUAACUCUCACUAAUGACGGCUUCCAUUGA